GACAGUGCAGCAGUGUGACAGACAGCUGUUCGUACCUGGACCAGAGAGAGGUUUACCUUUGUAAAACAAGAAGCAGGGACAUCUGUGGAGGUGAAGUAUCAAAAUGAGCAGGUACUCAGCAAGCUCCAAAAGCCUUCUGAAAGACAACAGCUGGAUCAAGAAACUAGACGAUGAGGAUGAAGCUGUGGACCAAGACCCCAAUUUUGGCAAGAGUGUUUUGGGUCGAAGCAGACCGGAUGAAACUUCUGACGGUUCUUCAGAACUAGAUCCAGCCAAAGGCACCACCAAACCUGCAUCGGUGCUGGCUCUCAGCAAAAGGUUUGGAGGAGGUCAGGAUGAUUUGAAAACCAGUUCUGUGUCUUCAACAAGGACUUCAACCUCCUACACAAAGAGAUACUCAAGUGGGAAGAUGGAUACUCCCAGCUCGUUCACGACUACUGUCAAAGAUGAGCCGAAGACGAGCACUACAACCACAACAGUGACAAGGAACGGAUCUACAACUGAGACCACCACCAUCACCAGCAGCCAGACUAUCAAAUCCCCUGUGACUAAAUCUGCUGAUCCAUUCACUGAACGCGUGAAAUCUUCAAGUAAAGAUUCCCAGUACUCAACAUACUCACCUACCAGAACAACAAAAGUGGCAGAGCAAUCAAUAACCACCACCAAAGACGCCGAGGACAAACUGUUGGACACUCUCCUCCAGUCACCUUCAAAGGAUGAUUUCUCAUCUCCAAACAGCAAAAUGACAACUCAGACUGUGACGGUGAAAAGUAGCGCUGAUGCUGACGCUGAGGACAAACUCUACGACUCGCUCAUUCCCAGGUCUCUCAAAAAUAAUGGCUCAGACAGCAAAUCAACAAUCACUUCAUCUGAGACUGUGACCGUAAAGAGUAGCUAUGAUGAUGCUGAGGACGAUUACAUUCGCAGGUCUAUCCGAGAUGAUUCCACAAACAUUAAAUCAUCUGUGACCAGUACUGAGACCUGGACCAUUAAAAGUACUUCCAUCAGAGACAUUAAAUCAACAAGCCCAACAAAAACUUCCUCAGAGCCGGAGGAUGCACUGUACGACUCCCUCCUGCCUAAAGCCAUCACAUCUCCUGUCAGCACCACAAAGAGAGACGUCAUCAUAACGGAGAGCAGCAGAGGAAGAGAAAGUCCGACUCUGACAACACCAACCUCAACACGCACCAGCAGUUACAGCUCGUACACUGAUGAUAUUCCGUCCACCCGCACCAACUCGUACAGCGACAGCUACAGUAAAACCUACUCAUACUCAAGACCAGACUCCAGCAGUUAUGAGUACACCAGUAUCACCAGUUCAUCUCUGCAUAGCUCACCUUCGUACAAGAGCAGCUGGUCAGAUGAUAGUCAGACAGAUUCGAUCUACUCCAAGUCUUCCAACAAGAGCCUUUAUCAAACUCCUGAAAGAACCGUGCUUGAGAAGGAUCUGUGCACCGUCUGCCGUAAGCCCUUCACAGGAGAUGCCAAGAUGGUCCUGGAUGACGUGAGCAUCAACUGCCACGCUGCCUGCUUUAAAUGUCAAGUCUGCAACAGCUCUCUGAGUAAUCUGAAAGCUGGGGACAGCAUGUGGGUCUACAAACGCAUGGUGCACUGUGAAAACUGCUUCGAGACCACCAGAGACAAAUGGCGUCGCUGAACCUCAGGGAUUAUUCAGCUUAUUGCAUCACAAUGCCAUUGGGUGACGUGGGUUCUGGCGUUUUAAUAAACUGAGAGUGGGGGCUUUGACGAAUCACAGUUACAUCACAUGAUUUUUAAAUAUGACUUUUUAGUACAUGCAUGGCACACGGUUAAAAUGUAAGUGUGUUGUUAUGAUGUUGCUGUCUCUGUAUCUACCUCUUUACAGUAACUCACUCCUUAUUUUCUCUUUAAUGUGCAGCUUUUUAAGGGAUUCUUGUGGCUAAUAUAUUAAAAAAAAAAACUUUUUACACUGUUGAGGGCCGGGGGCUUUUUUUUUUUGUGCAAUAGAAGCAAAGACAAAUUAUUUUAUCUUAUAUGUAUCAGCAAAUGAAAAUGUCCCAGUUUUUUUUUUUUUUUUUUUUAGCUUCUAAGUUAUUGUAUGACAACAAGCAGGAU